CGUCCGUCGCCUCGAGCCUCGCCGCCUCGCUUGGCGCCGACCGAAUCGCCUUUGUCGGGACUGAAAACGAGUCGCCGGCUCGCUUUGUGUUUGCCAGGUAGCCGGGAAGCUGGCCCGCCGCCAUGUCGGAGGAGGACGGCCGCAAGAUGAAGACUUCGAGCAGCUCGGACGACAAAAAGAAGAAGCGGAGGAAGAAAAGAAAGCGGAGAAAGAAACUCGGUGCCGCGCUCACACCGCAACAAGCGGCCCUGGCGGAACUCAACCCGGCAGUCAAGGGGCCCGAGCCGGCGCGGGCGACCCCGGUGCCUCGAGGUCGGACGUCAAAGCGGCGGACGGCGUGCAAGAAGAGCAAAGAGCCCCCGAGAGAGCCGCUCCCGCUCCCCCUCGCCUCGGACGGCCCUCUCAAGGAGCCCCGUCCGGCCGGGGCCCGGGUGCCGCCCCCGACGCCGUCGCCGCCGCACGUGCAGCUGAGGGAGUGCCUGAGGUGGGAGGGGGCCCUGCAGGACCCCCGGGCGGAGGAGGAGCGGCUGGAGACGUACCGGGCCAACAGGAGGCGCCGCUACGCCGCCCAGCGAGACGCCCCGCCGGAGGCCCCCCUGGCCCGGAUCCCCGCGGCUCCCCCGGGCCGCCGCGCGCUCUGAAGGACGAAGGGCUUUUCCAGGUCCGCCCCCGCCGCAAUGGGCUUCCACUUUCGAACCCGUCAAGUUGGCGAGCGGCUUCGUUCGCUUGGUCGCUCGCCGGCAGUUUUUCAAGCAGCGCUGCGUCCAAAUCUCCUUUCGCAACUCCCUCGUCGAGACCGAGGGAUUGGUCGUCGUUCGUUCGGGGCAGCCUUCACAUUUGAGGCCAAACGGUGUCGGUGCGCACCGACUUUCUAACAACUGGACCCAAGGAGGUUUCGUUGCGCUGCUGUGAAAAACAACACGGGUGCAUUUUUGACACUUGACACAUGUUUACCUGGAGGGGAUGUCCGAAGG